UUGUCCAUUUUUAAUGAUAUAUAAUGAAUUUGCAUUCACAGAAGAUGAAAAUUGACACUACGGGAGAAUUGGUGACAAAAGUUGGGGGUUCGAUCCACCGGGAACACAUGAUAUGUAAAAAUUGAUAGCCUGAAUGCACUGUCAGUCGCUUUGGAUAAAAGCGUCUGCUAAAUGCAUAAAUUUAAUUUAAUUUGAUUUAAAAAGUUCUUAUUGUGUCUGCUGACUGAUGGUGCCCUGCUGUUAAAAAUGCACUGUCAAGAGGGAUAAAGCUUUGGGCAAUUCCUCUCCAGAUCCAACCUCACACCCCAGUCAGCCAAUGCACACCCAUUCUGCCAUUUUUACCAUUGCAUUUCAUCUCUCCCCUCAUAUAGAGAGCCAAGACUGUUUCAGGCUCUGCCACUCUCCCCUCCCUCUCUCUCUCUCUCUCCCUCUCUCUCUCAUUCUCUAUUCCCUCCCUCCCUCUCACUCUGCCCUUGCUGUAGCAGACACAUUGCAGUCGCAAACACUUGCUCUCACAUCGACUUGCUCUCUGCAUCAGAACCAACAAAUCACAGACUCGUGCAGUUCAAGAAUACAGAGGAGAAACGAAAAAGCAAAAAGAAGGCAUUGAUUGAUGGCAAUAAGCGACAUCAGUGGGGACUCAACUGCAUGGUUAUAUGAAGGUUCUUUGUGCCUGUAGGUUUCCUACUUUGAGGGCAGGGUUUCCCUGGACCGUUUGCAAAAGUAAAAACAGAAGAAGCAGUGGGAAGAGAAAUGAGGGGUGAGGAUGCCACCAUCCCUCCCUGAGGAACCUGAGAGGAUGUAGAGGGAAAGGGACCACUGGAGAGGGCAGCAGUUCUCUUGGAUGGGCAUAAGCAGGAAUUCGGAAAAAAAAAGUUCACUCCGAGAUGAAAUGGAUUGGAAGCCAUUUGCUACUGGAAGCACCUUUGCAAAUAAAAGAUGAUUUGAAUAAUACAAGCUUUCACUGGAUUCUGACUUUAAUAAUGCUGUGUAAAGGAGAUAAAUAAAGGAGAAUUCUGGAUGAAACCGGAAACAAUGAAAAUCAAAGAAAAAAAGAAGACAAACCCAAUUUCAUUUAACUGAGGUUCACUAAGGAUAAUGGAAACAGGGCAGUGACUCAUGGCAAAGAAAAGAACGGCAAAGCAGUGAGGAUGAAGGACUGUCAUCCAUCUGACCACAGAUCCAAUUCACAUCAUCGUGAUUUUCAGCAAUUCACUAUGAGGAACAAAUCGACCCUUAGCCCACCUGAAUAUUUCCACAGUGUUUCCCUCUGGAUUUUCAUCUGAAGCAAUGAUGGGACUAGCGGGGCAGUUUGUCUAUAAAAGAACUGAAAGGAUUGGAAACCAUUUUAAAUCUUGAUGAAACAGACACAAUAGGUCUGUGGACAACCUGGUUACCAUGCGACGCACAGAACCAGGGAGUCCAUCUAGAGGAAACAAUCUGUUGCAAGAACAGGAGAGCUUGAAAUGGAUACAACCAAGGAGAUAUCCUGCUUCAUCCAUCUCAGUCAGCACAACAAAUGUCCGCCCCUGUCCCAUGCUAAAGUCAACACUUUUCUGGCUGUGUCUCUUCAGCUCCAUACUGCUUCGGAGUGGACAAGGUGUAUUGGCAGGGGAGACAUGGGGCAUGGUGUCCAUUUGCCCCAUCCAUUGCGUGUGUCGGAACUUAUCAGAGUCUCUGAGCACACUGUGUGUGAAUAAAGGUCUUCUUUUUGUGCCGCCAAACAUUGAUCGCCGCACUGUGGAGCUGCGUCUUGCUGACAACUACAUCCUGGAAGUGGGAGGUGCAGACUUUGCCAAUAUGACAGGACUAGUUGACCUGACAUUGUCACGCAACACCAUACAUGCUCUGAAACCACUGGCCUUUGCUGAUCUGGAGAGUUUGCGUUCGCUUCACCUGGACACCAACCGUCUCACAGUGGUGGGGCCUCAGGAUCUGACAGGUCUUAUUAACCUUCAGCAUCUCAUCAUCAACAACAAUCAGCUCAUAGAUGUUUCGGCAGAUGCUUUUGAUGACUUCCUGCCAACUCUAGAGGAUCUGGAUCUUUCCUACAAUAACCUCCGUAGGGUUCCUUGGGAAUCUAUUCAGAAUAUGGCUAGCCUGCACACCUUAAAUCUAGAUCACAAUCUAAUAGACCAGAUUGCUGAGGGUUCUUUCAGUGAGCUCUAUAAACUAUCCCGACUGGAUAUGACCUCGAACAGACUGCAGACACUUCCCCCUGAUCCACUGUUUUCCAGAUCCCAGAUUGGGGUUGUUAGUCCCACACCGUACAAUUCAAUCACCAGCCUCAACUUUGGGGGGAAUCCCCUGCACUGCAACUGUGAGCUGUUGUGGCUACGACGAUUGAUUCGGGAAGACGACAUGGAGACAUGUGCCACACCUACUCAUCUGGCGGGUCGAUACUUCUGGUCCAUUCCAGAGGAAGAGUUCACGUGUGAGCCUCCACUGAUCACCCGUAAUACCAACAAACUGUGGGUGUUGGAGGGCCAAAGAGCCACACUUAAAUGUCGAGCCAUUGGUGAUCCUGAGCCAGUCAUUCAUUGGGUGUCACCAGAUGACCGUAUUGUGGCCAACUCUAGUCGCAUUCACUCGUACUAUAAUGGCACACUGGAUUUUUUGGUGACCCGUGCCAGAGAUGAUGGCACCUAUACGUGCAUUGCCAUCAAUGCCGCAGGGGAAUCCACAGCUCUGGUAGACUUGAAGAUCAUCCCUCUUCCUCAUAGAGGGAAUGGUACAAUAACUCUUAUCAACCACAGAGACCCUGGAUCCUCUGAUAUAAGUAGUGGCCGUGGUGGGGUUGAAGGGGCAGGGACUGGUGUAGUGACUGUACGGAAUGCCACCGGAGGCAAGGGAGAUACGGGAGAACGAGGAAGUGGAAGCAGUAAUGGAGGCACAGAAACCUUGAUUGGAGUUCUAGGUGUGACAUCCAAUUCAGCACAAAUUCGCUGGAAAAUGGGUCGAUCUUCAGCGCCUUUUUUGGUGUGGAUGUAUCAGAUCCAGUACAACAGCACAGCUGAUGAUGGACUUGUUUACAGAAUUCUCCCUCCAACCAGUAAUAGUUUCCUGCUGAAAAACUUGGUGUCAGGAGCAGACUACAGCCUGUGCGUCUUGGCCAUAUUUGAUGAUGGCAUCUCCUCCUUGACUACUACAAAGGUGCUGGGCUGCAUCCAGUUCAGCACUAAAGAGGAUUAUACAGAAUGUCGUUCUCUGCACGCUCACUUCCUGGGCGGCACGCUGACAGUGAUGGUGGGUGGCGUGGUGGUUGUAACCCUUCUGGUCUUCACUGUGGCCAUGAUGGUGCGCCAUCGCGUCUGCGGAGAGUGUCGGGAUGAUGCCAACAGGCCGGGCAAGUUUUUUCCAGCCAAAGGGGUGGAUGUUUAUGCCCAAACGAACGGAAACAACAGUAUGAUGAUGGUGGCAUUGCCAAAUGGACUCUUGGCCCAAAGAACAAAAGACAAACACAAGCCAAGCUCUCCCCCGAAAUCUAAACAGAGCCCGGAGCCUCACCGUGGUAGACGUGACAAGGGAGACGGGAAAGUGAGGGAAAAAUGUUUUAGUCCUCUCACACCAGAAAGUGAGAGAUUGACACUCUAUUACUCCCCAUCUAACACACUUCCCACGUUAACACAAAAGCGAGCAGGUAGGCUCAAGUUGAGGAAGUCUCUGGAGAAAGAUAGAUACGUGGACAGACAAGUCUUGGCCUCGCUUGAAUUGACACAAGAUGGAGAUGACGGAAUGGAAGGAGGCUCAGACUUGAGGCAAGCACUCAAGACGAAGCGUAGCUGUUCUUUUGAUGUGGGUGAAAUCACCACCACCACAUGUUACAGCUACGCCAAACGUCUGAGCGUCAUCUGGACCCGACGUAGCCAGUCCCUACAUGGCAUGCUUGUUCAUUGUACCUCCACCACCAGCACAUCCAGCACGGGUAGCAACGAGCAGUAUGGCCACGGCCUAACACAGAACUAUCUACAUGCCUUCGCUUCCAACAACUCCAACUCCAACUCAACUUCAAACUCAAACAGUAGCAUGACAGUCAAUCCAAGAGACCUGGAGGAAAGUGUGGUGUAGAUAGUGGGGAAAAAAGGCUCCACUUUUAGAGAACUGACAUUUAGGAAAGGCUCAUAUGAACAAAUGAGCUAACUAUAAAAGUCAGAUGAAAACAAAUUAUCUGGGGAGGGCAGGAUUGAUGAGGAUAAUGCUCCUGACACAAAGGAUUGGCUGUUAUUUGAUGACUGCCAUUAUUUCGAACCACAACAAGGCUCAAAAUCAAAUUAUGUGAAGACAAAGAAUGACAAGUAGGAUUUGAAGAAAUAAGAAUUCAAGGACAAGCUUGUUUUUUACGACAGUCCCAGGGCACGGGGGAUUUACAACCUAAAGUGUCUGUUUCAGCAAGAUUAAUUAACCAAUUAAUAAAUUAUUGAAUAAAUCAGCUGCUACUUCAUGCAGAAGAAACACUAUUCGAAUGCUAAUGAGGAGCUGAACUAAAGGGGUAAAUAUCACCAAAAAAAAAGAAAAAGAAAAA